CUACAAAUGAAAACUCACAUGAAAAUUAUUCAGUGGCUGACUGAUGAGGUUGGUCAAUUUUUCAAAAUCAGUUCAGUUUAGAUCGUGGAACGAAUUUGUGUCUGAAGAAAAUCUCUCGAAAUAGUGAAUGAAAAAUAAAAUUUUGAACCAAAAAAUAGAUAACGAAAAAAAAAAUUCUGCAACGAAUCUCGAAAAAUAAGUGAAGUGAAAAUAUGUUUCAUAAGUGAGUUCAAAAAACCAAAGAAAAACAAUUUUUUUGCCCAGAAAACGAAGUCUAAACGAGUAAAAUAGAGAGACGAACCAGAAACCAAAGACCGCCACCGAAUCGACAAGUUACUACUACGACAAGACAACAUUAUGCCCUUUGUUGCCCCCAAGACAACAACGACGACACCAUCCUCCACCAGAAGCUCAUUUCGACCACCAUGGGUCAAGGAGGAUGGUGGCUCUGUGCUGAAGCCAGUUAACAAGACCUCAGUGCCCUGGGCCAAAAAGCCCAGCGAACUGGCAGCGGCCUCCUCGGCCAAGGACACCAACAACGACAAAACCACAACGACGACUAGCAACAGUAUUUUGAAGAAAACACCCACAAAUUUGAAGACCUCCACAAACAAUGCUGAACCCAAAAAGCCCUUGGAAACCAAUAAUAAGGUCAGCGAGCCGGCCAAGAAACUUGGUGUCAAUGCCAUCAAGAAAGAACCCGUUUCCGCGCUCAAGAAACCCUCAGCCACAAGCACAAAUUCCAAAGUUUCCACAUUGAACAGAAAAAAGGAACCCACACCUCCCUCAUCUUCUUCCGAGGAGGAAGAAGAAGAAGAGGAGGAGGAGGAAGAAACUGAGGAAGAGGAAACCGAAGAAGAGGGAUCCGAGGAAGAAGAAGAGUCCGAAGAAGAGGAAUCCGAGGAAGAGGAAUCCGAGGAAGAAGAAUCCGAAGAAGAGGACACCUCCAAAAACAAAAAACCCACACCCACAACAAACAACAACAAACCCAACUCCACUCCCUCAACGGCCGUCAAGAAACCCGCCACCCCUGCCAGCAAAACUCCCGCCCCCACCACCAAAAAGGACAACGAAGAAGAAAGUGAGUUAAAACGCCGCUUUUCCAUUGAAAAACCCAAACUUCGCCCCGUUGUCAUCAAACGUGAUAAGUCGAUGAAAAAAAUCGAUGACGACGACGAAGCCGUCGAAGGUGAAACCGAAGAGGAUCGCGAACGUAGAUUACGUUUCAAAUUAGAGAAACCCAAACUUAGGCAUGUCAAGCGCGAAGAGAAACCCUUGCCCAGUAAGAGCAGUGAGAAUGUUCUCAAAAUACGACCGGUGCUCAAGAAAGUGCCCAAGGUCGAUGAAAUACUCAAGGAACCGAAAGAAGAGCCCAAACCCGAAUUCAAAACGAAAACAUUGCGUAAAACGCCCUCCAUAAAACGUGAGCCCAGCAUCAAGAAUGUUCCUGCACCUCCACCAUUGCCCUCGCUGGUGCCCAAGGCUCCACCACCACCACCGCCACCAUUGGGAGCCGCUGGGGAUAAGAAGUUAACGGAAGCCCAGAAACAGGCAUUGGAGAAACUGAAAAAACGGCCGCGACAUCGCCCCGAUUGGUCCGAAAUGAUGAAGGAAGUAGAAAGCGGCAAAAAACUGCGUCAUGUGGAAUGCAAUGAUAGAUCUCAACCCAUACUUACAUGCAAAUCCAUGACCAAGGUGGACAACAAGUUCAUCUAUGAAACAGAAAAGGAAAAUUCCCACAACAAGUUGUUGCAACAAAUCCAGUCGGGUGUACGGUUAAAGCCAACCCAGACCAAUGAUCGUAGUAAGCCAUUCAUUGAGGGUCUGCGCAAAUUCCGGCGUCAAAUGACAAUUGAGGAACAGUUGCAAAAGUCCCAGUCUAAAAUAAAUAUGUUGGCAAAUGCUGCCAGUGGUGCGGCAUUGGCUGGGGAUGCCACCGAUGGUGCGGCCUCAGUUACUGCCAGCAGUCUGUCACGAGCCGGUAGUAUUGUCUCUGCCCUAUUGGAUGGUUCCAGCGGCGAUGAAUUGGAUGACAUUGACAAGAUUCGUGAUGAUCUGCAGAGUACGAAGCAAAUGUUGGCCCUUGAGCUACGUAAUCGUGAGGCUCAAGAGAGAGAAAACAAGAAGUUGUUAGCCAAAAUUGCCACCCUUGAGGCUGAAUUGGAACGUGAAAAGUCAAGAGAGAAAACUUUGGAAUAUGGCUCAAGAAUUAUUGUGGCCACAAUGGAAACCACACCGGCCUCCGAAGAGGCCUAUGUUAAUUCACUGAAAAAGGAGGCCGAAGAAUCAAAGAAAACCUCAAAAGAUUUGGAAAGUAAGUAUUUGGAGACGAGUGAAAUGUUGGACCAGGCCAAGAGCGAGAUAGAAGAACAGAAACGCCAGAUACAGGCGCUCGAAAGAAAGUUGGCUCAAGCAUUGCAGGGUACAUGCCCCCGCUGCCAUUAUAAUAUUACAGCCCAAAAUGAUUACUAUUAUGCUUAUGAUGAAAAUGAUUAUGAAACGCAUUCAUAUUACAAUCAUAAUGGUAUACAUAAGGGAGGCUAUGACUCUAGACGGCCUAGCGAUGCCCUCAAUGGCAUGGAUAGUCCACCUGAAUUUGAGCCAGAAAGCGAAAGUGAUCCUGACGAGCCCGAAGAGAAGAAGAUUGCCAGACGUGAACGACGUCUCAAUAAGGAGGUUAAGGCUUUGCGUAGUAAACUCACCAAGGUCAAGGCGAAACAGGAAGCGGCACGCAAAGAAAAAGCGGCAUUGAAGGAGAUCAUGAAGAAGAAUCAUGUCGUACUCAAAGAAGAAAAGAAAAAGUUCAAGAAACUGGAAAAGGAAGUACACAAAAUGGCUUCAUCCAUGAAAGAAGACAUGGAUCUUGACGAUGACGAAGAAAAGGAUGAGGCCGAAGAGAAUGAAGAAAGCGAAGAAGAAUCCGAAGACGAGACCGAGGAAGAAUCUGAGGAAUCCGAGUCGGAGGAAAGUGAAAAUGAAACAGAAAGUGAAUCAGAAGCAGAGGAUGCCACCAACCAGGCCAAGAAGGACAAUUUGGAACCGCGUCUCAAGAAACACGAAAGCCGUUUGAAUGCCAUGAAGAAAUGUAAUGUUCUGUUGCAGGCCAACGUUGAUAAUCUACAAGAUGAAAUCCAUCAAGUCCGUUCCAAGGCAUCCAAUUUACAAAGCGAACUGGAUGCUGUUUUAGCCGAUUUAGGUUUUUAAAUGUCCUCCCCACUCCACCACAAGAAACACCACACGUUCACACAACACACACAGUUACACGCUAUAUAAUAAUAAAUUAUAAUACAAUACACACAAUAUCCUUAACAACAAAUUGAAUUGUUUUUUAAUAAUAAAAAAUAAAAUACAUUUUAAGAAUUUAAUUCUUACCUUGUCUCUGAA